UUACUUUUUAUUGGUAUAACUAAAUUCAUCAUAUGUUGCAAAACAUACUUGGCUAAUAAAGUAUGAUUAUGACGAUUAUCUUUUAAUUAAUCAAUCCUGUACAGGUCCUCCAUUGAUUUGCUGGCAACUUUAAUCCCGACAAAAUCUUCUCGCGGAAGUCCCCCGAAAAUGUGGUGCGUAGCCCGGGUGAAGCGGCUGAUCUCAACCUCAUCGGGACCUCCUACAGUAAAGAUUUCUAUUUGGAAACAUAGAAACAUAGAAAAUACGUGCAGGAGUAGUACAUUCAAACCAGUACCGCCAUUCAAUAUGUUCGUGGCUGAUCAUCCAGAAUCAGUAAUCAGAAUCAGUCUGAAGAAGGAACUCAACCAUUCUUUCUUUCCAGAGAUGCUGCCUGUCCCACUGAGUUACUCCAGAAUUUUGUGUCUACAAUCCAUCCAGAAUGAGUAGCCUGUACCUGCUUCCUCCCCAUAGCCCUUGAUUCUGUUAGCACUAAGAGCUCUCUCUAACUCUCCCUCGAAUACAUCCAGUGAUUGGUAUUACGGAAUUUCUUAUGGAAAAUACUUUUUUAUUGUGUUUUUUUUUUUUUUUUCCCGUUACUUGCAGACACUUCAAAGAAGAGGAUUUUAAAGAAAAAUCCCAGCCCGUGCGAUGAGUUGCAAGCGGCACAAUCCCGUGGAGAGCAUUUGCAGAAAACUCCAGACCAUACGGAUGCGGGACCAGGUAUCGAACCCGUCGCUGCAGAUUCCGAAGUUCCGCUCGAGAAGCUUUGACAGCCCUCAGGCCAGCCUGAAGAAGAACAUGGAGGUGAUUCUGAAGAACAGGACGGUGAAAAGUCACGGGCCGGAGCAGGAGGCCACCAUCGCCGUUCCCAGACAGACGUUGUCUCCCGAGGUCAGGCUGGUCACCUCGGGGCAGGCCGGAAGGGAAGGCAGGACUCCCACUGCUGCCUCUGGAGGAGGGGCAGCCUCCAGGCCUCCGUCCUGUUGCAGGAAUCGAACCUGCUCCACGCCACUUGGGGAGGUGGGGUGGGGCGACGCGGUGCUGGGCCACCCCCACUCGGCCAUCAUUAACAUUGAGCACCGCUUUCUGACCAACGCAGACUGCAACGGUGCAUGUAGUCCGGUCAACUCCACCAACGUCACCUUCUGCACCCACUUGCACAGGCCAGCAUCUCUUGCAAUCAACACACCGUCUACAGAUGAGACCAGUGUAAGCAAGCCUGCGGUGCCAAACACAAUGGAAGGUACGGAGGAUGCAAGUCUGCUCUGUGAGGAAGAUCUGCUGGAUACCAUCUUCUACAUCUGUGAUGUGAGACAGAAAGGGAAAGUGUGCGUUUCUAAGAUCGUGGACUACCUGAGAUGCACCACAAGUCGCGCUACAGAUGACAGCGGUCUUGAAGAGCUGUGCAACAUGCUGGACCCAGACAACAAUGACAUCUCCAUUGAUUUGGCCACCUAUCGUGCCGUGAUGAAGGAGUGGAUAGAAGACUGCAGAAGGAAAAGGUACAGGACUGGAGGCUUGUCAGAAACAUUGCACUGUGUACCUGCUGCUCAGAAAAGCUGA